CCUUAGGGUCUUUUUUCCUCCUGUCUAAAGUUUCGUAUAGCAACAUUUGCACAUUUUAUCGAUAGGCUUCCAAGUUGCUGUUGAUAGUUCUUGUGUCGUUUACACUUUCAAGAUAACCAGAGUACACGAAUUUGUGUGUGAGCUGCAACUCCUGCCUCUGGCUCUCCGAUUCCCACAGGAAACAGGAAAAAGGAACAGCCAUCGACUCCCUGGCGUUGAGUAACCCCGAAUCCGCCUUAUUUGAACUGGAUUUGGGAACAAUCAGCGAGUCUUUCGAUCCCCUCAAUUGCGAUAUUUAAAUUGUUCGUUUACAGCUAUCAACGAGGACUCCAGUGCACGCAGAGAAAGUGAUUUAAACUGCUUACAGUCUUAGAGGUAACGGGAGAAGGCAGCAAUGUGAAGGUGAUUGGGAACUCCGGGAAUCCAGUCAUGGAUUUAUUGGGAAUGUUGAUAAUUCAGUUUUACUACUUGUCAAAUUCAGGUUUAAUCGAGGCAUUGCUGGACUUGACAUUAAUAAAUUCAAGACCUCUGAUCUCCACGUCAGAAACCUCAUUAGUGUGUGAACCUGAAGGCAAACCUGGUCUAGAUGAGGUUUCCAUAACUCGGAUAUUUGAUCCCUUUCUUGAUCAGUGGGGAAGCCCUGCAGCACCGAACAAGACUAAAAAUUACCCUACAAAGGUGAUGUGGAGAAAUGAGAAAAAUGAUAGUGUCGGAAUAUUCUUUUGUGAGGGGAGACUUAAUAAAGACGUCACACGAAUAACGACAGUUAAGAUGUCACAACAAGCACAUUUCUUCCCAGAGGUUUUCUCUCUUACUGCAAAUAAGGGCGAAAAUGUAACCAUUCGAUUCAAGCGACAGCUCCAGACAGAUGCUGAUGUUAUGAUCUAUAAAGACGAUAUGUUUUUCUCAUCCGUGCCACGAGAUGAUGUCACUCAUACAGUUGAAUGUACUUUGAAAUCAGUCACUGUGAAAGAUGCAGGUGUCUACUCUGCAUUUUUGAUUGGAGGAAAUGUUUUAACUGCAGCAUUCACCCAGCUGAUAGUAAGAAAAUGUGAAGCUCACAAGUGGGGAGCUGACUGCUUAAAGCAUUGUCCGGUCUGCCUGAAUGGAGGGAUUUGCCAUGAUGAGGCAGGAGAAUGCAUCUGUCCACCAGGCUUCAUGGGAGACCGAUGUGAAACAGCAUGUGGGCAAAAUACAUAUGGCAGAAACUGCAGACCAUGUACAGGAGGAAAUUGUCACCUCUCCAUGUUCUGCUUACCUGGUCCUUAUGGGUGCUCUUGUGCUACUGGAUGGAGAGGGCUUCAGUGUGAUCAAGCCUGUGACCCUGGUUUUUAUGGAGCUGACUGUCGGCUCAAGUGUGAUUGUGUCAAUGGAGGAGAGUGUGAUCGCUUUGAAGGAUGCCUGUGCCCUCUUGGAUGGCAAGGCCUACACUGUGAGAAGGAAGGUUUCGGAGAAGUUCCUUUUCAGUUGGUGAGUCCUAGCAACAGCCUCGAGGUGAAUGCUGGGGUGACCUUAGAACUCAACUGCACUGCAACAGGAUAUCCACUGCUAGAGCAUGGUGACAUUCAACUCCUUACACCCCAUGGAAAUAAAGUAAAUCCUACAACCACAAAAACAAUAACGCAUCCAGUCAAACAGACCAUAACAUUCUUCAAAGUGUUGAAAAUAUCACCAACAGAUUCAGGAAAGUGGAUCUGCCAUGUCCAAACACCAGCUAGAUUUGCCGUGAGAUCUUUUAAAGUAUCUGUUAAAGUCCCUCCUUCACCACAGACCCCACCGACUAAAACUAACAGUGGCACACGAUAUAUUAUUGUCAAGGCCAAUGUUGAGCCACAUAUUGGAGAUGGACCAAUCAUCCUAACAAGACUGCUUUACAAACCUGCUGGAGCAUUGGAGUCAUGGUCAUCAGUUGAAGUGACAGAUCCAUCUGAAUUGGUGAAAUUGGACAAUCUGCAACCGAUGUGCCAGUACAAUGUGUGUAUACAACUGAGCAGGCCUGGAGAUGGAGGAGAAGGACAUCCUGGUCCUGUGGCAAGUUUCUGGACUGAUUGUCCAACUCUUCCUGCUCCAAUGGGUUUUAAAGUUAUACCCAAAAGCCAAACAUCCCUUUGGCUAAAGUGGCAGCCAGUUCCUGGGAACCUGGAGGAUAUCACCUACCACGUGGAGUGCCAUGCUGCCAAUGACAGUAAAGAAAAGCCCACUACCCUGGAUGUUCCUGGAAACCAGUCCAGCCUGGAAAUCGAGGGCCUGCAGCCUAAGCAUCAGUACCAAUGCCGAGUGCGAGCACAGACAAACUCAGUGGGUGAAUGGUGUGACAUGGUAACCUCAUGGACAUAUAGCAACAAACGGCCCCCUGCUCCUGCUAAAGUCAAGAUUUUUAAUAUCUCCGACUCUUCAGCUUUUAUUUCAUGGUUAAUUGAAGAUGGCAACUCAAUAUCAUCAAUUGUAAUACGUUACAAAAUCUAUGGGGCAGAGGAUUACACUCAGGAGACAGAAAUCAAUGUGAGAGAAAAUGUUGUUUCACAGUUCCAGCUGCGAGGGCUGGAGGCAAAUUCGCCAUACCUGGUGGAAAUCUAUGCGAAGAAUAACAUUGGGGUGAGUCACCCUAACCCGACCAUGGAACUACAUACGCUGCCAGAAUCUACAGCUGUGUACUACAGACGCCAGCAGGAGGGGAGGCUGCUACUCUACGCCAUUCUGGGAUCAGCAGGAAUGACCUGCCUAACAAUCUUAUUGGCCUUUUGCAUUGUGAUUCACUUCAAGAGAAACAAUUUCCAACGGAAAAUGGUACAAGCUUUCCAAAACAGCUCGAGGGAGGAACCUAUAAUUCAGUUUAAUUCAGGGACUCUCACUCUGACCAGGAAACCAAAGCCCCAGCUGCGAAUGCCAAUUGUUUACCCUGUCCUGCACUGGGAUGAUAUAAAAUUUGAAGAUAUUAUUGGUGAAGGAAAUUUUGGACAAGUCUUGAAGGCUCGAAUCAAGAAGGAUGGACACAAAAUGAAUGCUGCCAUUAAAAGAAUGAAAGAAUAUGCAUCCAAAGAUGAUCACCGAGACUUUGCUGGUGAAUUGGAAGUUCUGUGCAGACUUGGACAUCACCCAAAUAUAAUUAACCUGCUGGGAGCCUGUGAGCACCGGGGAUAUCUGUACGUAGCAAUUGAAUUUGCACCACAUGGAAAUUUGUUGGAUUUUUUGCGAAACAGCAGAGUGCUUGACACAGACCCAGCUUACGCUAUUGCACACGGCACAGCUUCCACUCUGUCCUCACAGCAGUUGCUGCAGUUUGCAGCUGAUGUGGCAAAGGGCAUGGAUUAUCUCAGCCAGAAACAGUUUAUUCACAGAGAUUUGGCAGCUAGAAAUAUUCUUGUGGGUGACAAUUACGUGGCAAAAAUUGCAGAUUUUGGAUUAUCAAGGGGGAAGGAGGUUUAUGUAAAGAAGACAAUGGGAAGGUUGCCAGUCCGAUGGAUGGCCAUCGAAUCCUUAAAUUACAGUGUUUACACCACAAACAGUGAUGUAUGGUCAUAUGGAGUUCUUUUGUGGGAGAUUGUUAGCCUAGGUGGUACCCCCUAUUGUGGAAUGACCUGUGCUGAACUUUAUGAAAAAUUGCCGCUUGGAUACCGGAUGGAAAAACCACUCAACUGUGUUGAUGAAGUGUAUGAGUUAAUGCUCCAAUGCUGGCGUGAGAAGCCUUACGAGAGACCAACAUUUGCUCAAAUAUUGGUGUCCCUCAAUAGGAUGCUGGAGGAAAGGAAGACUUAUGUGAACACAACAUUGUUCGAGAAAUUCACCUAUGCAGGUAUAGACUGCUCUGCUGAAGAGGCUGGGUGAACACUCCAUGGGGAAACAACAGUUAAGAAAAAUGAACCAAACUGUGUUUUGUAAACUUUUGUAAAAUACAGAAUUGCCAACACAUACAAUGCACUAUAGAAUAUUUUUGAUGCCAAAAUAAAGAAGUGAUCCAUUAAGAAUUCCUAAUAAAAGUUGACAAAGAUAGAGUGUUGCUAUUUGGACCAGUUCUCAAAAUCCGUUACAAACUUUUGAUUGUUGCUUUAUAUAUUGCACUUUGUGUUUUUGUAUGUGCAAACUAGGUGGGAUCUGUUUGGGACAUUCAGAUCAGUGACAAGAACGAUUCAUCUAAAAAUUGCUUCAGCUUUAACUAUACACACUUUUCUAAACUCCCAGUAAAGUCAGAACCUCUAUUAUCAAAAUGAAAUUGCCUCAAAUUUAACCAUAGGCAUUGAAAAUAUGCUGUAGAACAAUGGGAACAAAUACAAAUUCUGCAAGUGAAAUUCCUCUGUUAGUUUAGUAAAGGUGUUAAUCCAAUCAUUUUGUUUUAAGCUGGUAGUGAGUGGAAAUUAAAAUGAUUGUGCUAAGUGCUUAUUACUUUAUUAUCCCACAUUGUAAUCUCUUGGCUGCAGGGUGAGAAAAGAACCAACAAGAUGACAUAGAUAGAGAAGUGGAGGUCAAUUACAAGACAGACCUACGUUGAUAUAGCACCUUUCACAAGCUCAGAAGAUAUCAAAGUACCUUACAGCCAGUGAAAUAGUCUUUUAAGUAUAAUCACUGUUGUAAUGUAGGAAAUGCAGUAACCAAUUUGCACACCACAAACAGAAAUGUGAUAAGUGAUCAAAUACUGAUAAUCACCUUUAACGAUGUUAGUCAAGAAAUAAAUACAGGCUCCCCAGGGCACUAAGGAGAAUGCUUCUGUUUUUUAAUGUGACAACGUGCUAAGUAGGGCUCAUGAUUGUUGAGUUGUUUCAAACCUGGAAGAUGGAUCUGUAUAGUAUUUAAAUAUCUGAUUUGAUAAAUAUCUCUACAUCUGCCAAUUACCACUUUGUGUAUAGUUCUUUGAGCCUCCAUGCUAACCCUGAAUAAGAAAACAUAGUUGUAGUUGGACUAUAGUUGAGCAGUUUAAACUGUAAGAGUUGAGAUUUCUUUCAGCAGCCAAUCCAAAGACUAAACUCCUUAAGUAACUAGAGUUUGCUACAAACAUUUCUGCAACUCUUAUCAUGGUCAAAAUUAAUAUUUAAAAUAGGACCAGUUACAUGACAAAUGAUUCUUAUCAGGGUAAUAAUUUCUUUAGUUUAUUAAAUGUCUAGCUAUUUUCAGAAGCAAUAAAUUCAACAGUUUUUAUAUAAAAUCAAUCUAAUCCUGAUAUUCUUAUGCUUUUAUAUUUUUUGAUUUCAAAGAACGUGUAAAAAAGUGCAUUAAAUUGUUUUACUUUCUGAAACUGACCUAUUUGAUUGUAGCUACAGCAGUUUAUUAUUGGUAGCAUUGCCAUAUAUACUCAGAAAGUACUAUUUUUAAUCUGCUUUCUUGAUUAUUGUAUCAAUAUUUGAGUCUGGUUACAAGCAUGCAUGCAUAAUAUUUACACCUAUUUGUUAGCAUUUUCUCCAAGUUACAAGCUGUAUGGAUAUUUUAGCUCAAAGUUAAGUUAGAAAGGAUGGCAGUGUGAUAUAUUCCUGUGUACAAUUGGCUAAUUUGGCUCCAACUUUCUUGGCGUUAUAUUGGAUUUAAUCAAUCACCUGCAAAAACUUACUUUUCCUAAAAUUCUUUUUGGAAAGAUAAUAAAUUUUAACUUGGUUUUACUAAGUUGCUAUAUUUCAUUACUGUGCAUCAAUUUAAUUUGGUUUGAACAAAUGCUUGAACAAACAUGCAUGAUGCAGCUGGACAAGAUAAAUGGGCAGAAUAAAGUUUUCAGCGUUGAGUCAAUA